AUGAAAUACGUCGCGCUGCUUAGUGGUGGUAAAGAUAGUUGUUACAACCUUCUCCACUGCCACAAGAAUGGACAUGAUCUGGUGGCGGCCGCGUCGCUCGGCCCUGCACCGGGAAAAGAGGAGAUGGACUCGUACAUGUACCAAACCGUAGGACAAGACGCAAUCGAACUCGUUGCUCAGGCUCUAGAUGUGCCUCUUGUGAGACGAGUGAUCACAGGGACCGCUGUCGAACAAGGGUCGGAGUACGGCACGCGUGAAGCGCGCGCCGCGUCGAAUAACACCGUAUCUGGAGAUGAAACUGAAGACAUGUACGAGUUACUGGCAGAAGUGAAGGCUCGAUUCCCCGAGGUUGCAGGGGUUUCGGUGGGCGCGAUCCUGUCGAGCUAUCAACGCGUUCGCGUAGAGCAUGUCUGUAGGAGGCUCUCAUUGACGCCUCUAUCUUAUCUCUGGCAACGGGACCAAGCUGAGCUGCUCUCUGAGAUGAUCGACGCCGGACUCGAGGCUAUCCUCAUCAAAGUUGCUGGCAUCGGGCUGAAAGAGGCGCAUCUAGGAAGAACACUCGGUGAUAUGCACGCAACACUGAUGAGACUGAACGCGACGUAUGGCUUGCAUGUAUGCGGAGAAGGCGGGGAGUAUGAGACUCUGACGUUAGACAGCCCGCUAUUCAAGCGCCGUAUCGUCUUACAAGAAACUGAGAUUGUAUCGCUCUCAGAGGACAAGUAUGCUCCAGUGGCGUACUUGCGGAUCAAAAAGGCCCGUCUGGAAGACAAAGAGCACGUCGACGAAUUCGAGGUUGCGAGACCGGCAUUACUAGAACCGGAGUACUUGGAGCUCUGUUCCAUAGUUGAAGAAGGCGCUGCGUCUGAGCGCGCUGUGCCCAAGGCCGCGUUCUCCCUGCUUGACGCGACACAACAUCACACGAAACGAAUAGGGCCGUGGUUGGCUCUCUCGGACGUUGUGGCUGGCGACCUCUCCCACGAAGAUUCAUUGGAGGAGGAAGUCAGAGCAUGCUUCCAUCGACUACAGGCUCUGCUUGAGUGCCACGACCUCAAACUAUCACAUCUUUCGAACAUCAACAUCUUCAUCGCCAACAUGGCCGACUUUGGCCAUAUCAACGCGGUGUAUACAACGUUCUUUGGGUCCAGCCCGCCCUCCCGCGCUUGCGUUGCCGUCGAUCUACCACCACCACACCGAGUUAAACUAGAUUGCAUCGCGUACGCGGAGAGUGCCGCGACGGAUAGGCAGGCGUUGCAUGUACAAGGGCUGAGUUAUUGGGCACCCGCGAACAUUGGACCGUACUCUCAAGCCAUCGUCAUCAACGGUGCUAUCUUCAUCUCUGGCCAGAUUGGCAUGAUUCCCGCCAAUCUCGCGUUGCCAUCCCCACCUUCCCUUGCGCAGGAGAUGGCGCUCGCAUCUCAACAUGCCAACCGUAUCGUCAAGGCGCUUGAAAGCGGAACGGGUGGUGGAUGGAAGGGAAUCCCGAUGUUAAACGUCUUUUGGUACGGAGAUGCAACGGAUGCGCUUGCGGCGAAUAAGUGUUUAAAAGAAGACGUACCGACGGUGCACGUCGCCGUGAAGCAGCUCCCGAAGAGCGCGUUGGUAGAGAAACAGGUGUUCUAUCACUCGGAUAGGAAUCUCCAGCCCGUCGAUGAAGCGGAAGAGACUGUAUUGGUGCCGUCUUAUACUUCAGGAUCUCUUGCAAGCGAUGGUGCAGACUUGUACUGGCAGACAUCGGAUCUGGGCGCCGCGAACUGGAUGUGCACCGUCAUCUAUGGGAAGCUCGGAGAAAGUGGAGACGUCGCCGCAUUUGUGUCCAUGUGGAUGCGUAUCCGCGAGCGGACGUCUCGGCGAGCGCUCUCUGUACGGCUUUUUUACACUGCAAGCUGUCAUGCCUCGGUGCUGGGGCUUAGGUCGGCGUUUGAAGAGGCCGCUGUGACGUCGAUCCCUUGUCGCUUCGUGGCGGCCAGAGAUGUUGAGGAAGGGUGUGACUUUGCGAUUGCCAUUAUGGCUGUGUAG